CGGCGUCACACGCACACACGUAACCAAGCCUGACCGCAGCAUUGUCAAAUCUACCUUAGCUUGGACCGCGCGCAGCUUUGUCAGACUGUUGGUUACUUCCUGAAUCAGGGUUAGCUUGCAGCUGUGUUUUAUAGUAGCAUGUAGAUGAGAGCCGGAGACUCAAAGAGGGCUCUUUCCUGAGUAGUAGACACCAACAGGGGACUUUCGGUGAGAGUUUGCCUCGACAACAUGGACUACUGGAGUGCCUUGCAGGUGUACAAGGAGAUGGUCCUUCUGUACCUGGAGGAUGGCCGACGGCUGGUCAACUCACAAUGCGUGGACCUGGAGCCGUGGCAGAUCAUCGGAGCGACAGUCAUCACCACGCUAAGCUCAGUCUGGAUCAAAGGCUUCCUCUUCCAGCAAGAAAGUCUCCCAUCCCGAAUUAAGAAGCUGUGCUUUCGACUCAUCAGAAAAAUACCCUUUGUUGGCGCAACAAUACAGAGGAAGCUCAACAAGGCUUUGGAUGACAUGUCCGCUAGUGUGUGUACUCUGAAGGAGGGGAUGAGCUACACUAAACAGCUGCCCUCUAAAGGCCUCUCUCAGAGCCAAGUGCUGGACAAAAUCAGAGAGUACGAGACUCUGAAUGAGGUGCAGUGGGAGAAAGGAUGUGUUUCGGGUACAGUGUACUGGGGCGAUAAAUCACUGACUAAUCUCUUGGUGAAGGUUUAUGGAGAUUUUGCAUGGAGCAACCCACUUCACCCAGACAUUUUUCCUGGCGUAAGAAAGAUGGAGGCAGAGGUUGUCAGAAUGGCGUGCACACUUUUCAACGGUGGACCGAGCUCCUGUGGCACAGUUACUUCAGGGGGAACUGAGAGCAUACUGAUGGCCUGCAAGGCCUACAGAGACAUGGCUUAUGAACGUGGGGUCAAAUACCCUGAAAUUCUUGCACCUGUGAGCGUCCAUGCAGCCUUUGACAAAGCAGCGCAUUACUUUGGGAUGAAGCUGGUUCACAUUCCGCUUGACAAGAAAACCAUGAAAGUAGACGUGAAGGCUAUGAAGAGAGCCAUCAGCGGGAAUACCGCCAUGCUUGUUUGCUCGGCGCCUCAGUUUCCUCACGGAAUCAUGGAUCCCGUUGAGGAAGUAGCCAAGCUGGCUGUACGCUACAACCUCCCGCUGCAUGUGGAUGCUUGUCUGGGAGGUUUUCUUAUUGUCUUCAUGGCCAAGGCUGGUUACCCACUUGCCCCGUUUGACUUCAGGGUGAAAGGUGUGACCAGCAUCUCUGCUGACACCCACAAGUAUGGUUACGCCCCCAAAGGUUCUUCAGUGAUCCUCUACAGUGAUAAAAAGUACCGUCACUACCAGUACUUUGUAGCUCCAGACUGGCAGGGAGGAAUCUACGCCUCGCCUUCUGUUGCCGGCUCCAGGCCUGGAGGAAUCAUCGCCGCCUGCUGGGCGACCAUGAUGCACAUGGGAGAGAAUGGAUACAUAGACGCCACCAAGAAGAUAAUCGCCAUAGCACGCAAAAUCAAAACAGAAAUCCGCAAGAUUAAAGGCGUGUUUGUGUUUGGGGACCCAGAGGUGUCAGUGGUGGCUAUAGGCUCAGACAUUUUCGAUAUUUUCAGUUUGUCUAAUGCGCUGACUUCAAAGGGCUGGAAUCUGAACACACUGCAGUACCCAUCCAGCAUCCACCUUUGUUGCACAGUUCUGCACACACAGUCGGGCGUCGCUGAUCUCUUUAUCCGUGAUGUCAAAGAGCAGGUUGCUAUCAUCAUGAAGAACCCCAAGGCCAAAACCACAGGAAUGGGAGCGAUCUAUGGCAUGGCCCAGUCUAUCCCAGACAGAUCUAUGGUGACCGAGAUCUCCCGGGGUUUCCUGGACUGUCUCUACAGCACGGAGGUGCCCAAGUCAAACACCAGUCACAUGAACGGCAACGGCAAAGCCCACUGAAGAAGGAUUGGGCCCCCCUGGCCCGGCCUCACCGCACGCAGGGAAACCUCCUCCCAGAGCCCUGAGCUAAUUGCUCUACGGAUGCCUUAUCUUGCAUACCUGCACCAUACGGAAACAUCUGCAAAGAUCUUCUUAAAGCACAAGCCAUUGUCAUUUUAAUCAGCCCAGAGGGAAAUCGCUGAAAACACUGUGUCUAUGUGGCACAGAGAAGACAUGACUGGUUCAAAACAAGUCUUUUCAUUUGAUUUUAUUAAUGUAGUGGAAGUGUGUCUGUCAUUGUAUUUGUCUAAAAAGUUCAUUUCAAUUUUAGUUAAAUGUCUGUCAUAAUCUCUACUGAUAACAUAGCAAAGCCAUUCAAAAUGUUGUUUUUUUGUUUUGUUUUUACAGUCGGAACAUUUCAGCUUGUUGCCAUCACUGCUUCAGUCUGUGAUGAUGACUCAGCUAAAACACAUACCACUGAAAGCUUGUUAAAAACGCUUUGCUGCUGCCCUCUAGCAUGGGACCUGAUGUACUGCUUUAGACUGGCUCUACAUGUGGAGGCUUGUGGAAGGUGAAAGUUUUCAUCAUCAUAAUCAUGUAGAAGUUCUCUGGAGGAUAGCAUGUUAUUGUAAAAGCACUGCAAUGCCCUCACGAGAACAUAUCAGGUUAAUCUGUAAAUCCCUUCAAACAACAAUUUUGAUGUUGUGGUUGAAGUUUGUCUGUAAGCAUGACCAUGCAUGUCCUUGUUUGUUUGCACUUAGUGUGAUGACAUCCAUUUUGUUUUUAAGUCAGCAUUUGGGGUUCAAAGUGGUUAGAUUUGUAGACAGAGGAAGAAUGAUUUGGGAGCUUUUAAUUUCAAUAUUAAAUAAAAUUGUCUUUUAAAUUUAAAUAAGUGAGAAGUUGUAACCAGGCCAUAAAUAUUUAGAAAGUGAUUAAUGGAAGCCAAAGCUUAUUAGCCAUUUUGGUUAUUCUUUGGUUAUUAUUUUUCAUUGUUUACCAAAUCGGUAAAGAAUGUCUACACCGUAGCUGGCUUGUAAAGUAAAGCAAUGAAAUGUAACAUCUUAUAACAGACUGGACUGAAGGCUGUUACCAGCCUAAGUCUACUGUAUAUUAUCAAGAAACAGAAACUCAAGAAUUCCUCUGUAGUCUGCCUAAAGUCACCGGUGUACAACUUUGUUUUAACAUUUGUUUCCUAAUUCACUCUACCUCAGUUUCUACUUAAUGCAAAAAUCAUUUAUUCAUCCACUGAAACACAUUCUAACAGGGUAACAUUUUUUCAAUUUCAAACUUAAUACAAUUCCCAAUGUUAGGGCAUUUGAUAAGCUGUAAUAAAGUGUUCUCAGAUAUGCUGAAUGGAAACUGAUCCACUGUGACGGAGGCUUUUGGUCCACAGACUGAAAUGAUUGAUAGUGUUUUAAGUUGGGAGAAUCCCGCUCGGCCCUGACUGGAUGUGGAUAUCCAUUCAGCAGGAUAUGUACACAUUUACUAAGAGGUUAACAAAGUAAAUGUAUUCUGUAUCACCAAAACAACAUGGGGCCUCAUUCACCAAAUGUUCUUAAGAACAAAUUUAAGAAAAAACUUAAGAAUAUAUUGGUGAAUGAGGCCCAUUGUCUUCUUUCUUUCGUAUGCUUUUCCCAAUAUUGCUUGAUACAAUUGUCUUUCCAUGAAAUUAUUUCCAUGUUUGUGCAAUAUAUACAUUUUUCCUUUUAUGAAGUUAAACAAAGGUGAAUGCUCUAUUAAUGUUUCAGAGAUAAGUCAUUAGAAGCAUAGUAUUGAAUGCAGCAUAUCGGUUCUUUAACAAUUUGUGUGACCACUGGGUGUUUAUUAAUCACUUAAUUUGUGAGCAUCUUUUGUGAGUGUUUGUGUUAUUACAUACUGAGCAGUUUUUAAGAGAUUAGACAUGAAUGUAUUUAGGUUCCUACAUGUGCAGAGAUUUUUCCAUCUUUUAUUCAGUACCUGGUUAAAAGACUGAAGACGGACGGAGUGUAUAAAAUCCCCACUAAUGAUUUAAGCUCAUAUCAUGUGUCCAUCCAUCUUCAAAUACUGUGUCCAGUGACAGUGUGGAAACCCAGGCCCAUGCAAAAAAAGACUUUUCCAGCAAUGACUCAUCCUUCUUUGGAGAAAUAUUCUCAGAAAUUAUGACGAUUGAAUUGUCAAGUAAUCUCUUGAAUAAAAACCUUUCAAUGCAA